GCCCCUGUAGCCAUUUGGCUCUCAAUCAUUUCCUUUUGUUGUGAACGAACGAUCUACCACCCUUUCCCAAGUCUCCGGCCUUGUUGUUGACAAGCUUGACUCCCGAGACUCUCAGUGACAUUAUUAUGGCUUGGGAUUCACGGCAUCCUAGAUCUCAAACUCCACCGUGGAGAAGAAGAGAUCCCGCCCUCCUGGAUGGUAUUCGGCCACUCGACCACAGAGCAUCAAUGGAGUUGAGGACGGGCCUGGGGGACUGUCCCUUGUCGCCUGUAACCGAGGAGGAUGGUGGUUCCCCAUUCAGCCCGCCAUUGGUUGUCAGUGUCACCGUCAAAUUCGCCGAUCCUAUCAUCAGAUCCACGUACCGUCGAACUUACGGCAGCUCCCCGAACUUCGAGCCCUCAGACAGGAUCUGCAAUGGGCUACUGCGCCGGAUUGAUCAUUGUUGCGAGGAGCUUAUCACGCGCAAAGACUCCACGGCCUUUCUCACAUGUAAGGAGGGAACAGGCACCCCAAAGCCUCUGAGAUUCGAGAUGACCUUCCGCAUGGCCAGGAGGGACACGGGGGAACAGACGGAAAGGACCUUCGAGUCUUAUCAAAUCCACCCACUUACCGCGGCCUUCGCUAGGGAAGUCACGCUUGCUAGCCACAGAAUGAUCGGUCUCUUCCUCUCGCACCAUGAUAAGGAGUUCAAGUGGCUUGAUGGGUCCGUUGGGGAAGGCCAUCGUCUCGGCCGCGAGACCAUGAUCCCCUCAUUACACACGCCCUUAUCGCCCUGCUGCAUACCUCGGUCACGCUUUGUCGAGUCGUCGCAGUCCUUCGAAUUUAUUCCUGGCUACACCAUCGAGGUGUCCUUCAAGAGCCGAAGCCAGAAACGGUCGGAACAUGGGGCGUUCAGUAAAGUGCUGAAGAUCAACAGCAGGCAGAGUUCGCCACUGAAUCUCAUGCUCAGCGAGGACCUGCUAUGGCAAUCGUUCCAGUCCGUCGACUCGGCCCUGGGCUCAAAGAAACGGCAGUUCGACGAGCAGCACGAGAGCUGCGGGGGUCUGGAAGGCCCAUCCGCAUGCCAACACUUUGACGACGAAGGCCUCCAUCUAGCCCUCCGCGUAACGAACAACCUCGGUCCUUCAUAUGACCAUCUCCAUCGAGACAUUCGAAGCAAACUGGUCCUGUUCCACGACAAGGAUGGUCAAGACUGCCAGACUUUCCUCAAGGGCAUUGAACGUCAACUGAUGGAAGCAAGAGACGGCAUCGACUCCAGAAUCAGCCAGAUGCAUGAUUUCGAGCUCAGGAUCCUCGAGCUAAAAUCCUCAACCUGGUCAAUUCGCAACCCGCUCAGGUUCUCCCUCGAUCCCUGCGCGUCCUAUUCCCGCCGCAGCAUCGAGGCGGUCCUGGAGCGAGUCCAGACCGGCAUCAGCGACGUGCUCCGCGGCAACAACAUCGCCAUCCACGUCAGCGCCUACAAGCGUGGCCACCUGGUCCUGGAGAAGGCACUCGUCGCCCGCCAAGACCCCCGGGGGCUGCAGCACGAUGCCCGGGACCCGGAAGACCAGAAGAAAGACUUUGUGUCUCGACUGCGGGCCCGCAUCCAGGAGGACAUCGAUAAGGUGUGCAAGGACACUUGUUCGCUGGGCGACAUCCCCGACAACGAAGUGCUGGACAACAAGGAAACGGAUAACGAGGCCACUCUCGCGUCUAGGAGCGAUGAGGAGAAGCAGGGUCAAGAGGGUAAAUCCUCGGGAGACACACCCGUCGAGGAUACAGCAAUUGAAGGAAGCAGCCGGGAUCGGGAGGCGCCCGUUCAACGGCGAUUCCCCCUGGUCGGGAAUUCGAAGGUCGUCGCAAAGGGGCACCGUGAAGACUGUUGGUCUGACGACAGCCAAGAUCCCGCGGAGCCGAGUUAUUCGCCAUCAACCGAGCCUGGCGAAGACAUGGAAGAUCAAGCCCCUCUUGCUGGCGCCGCCAGGCCAUACAGCACGAUUACCUUCCCAGGAUCCGCACCCGGCCAACGGUUCUUCCCCCUCGUCCCCGACAGGUUCUCAUUGCCAUCCCGUGUCAGCAGCGGGUGUAUCCUCGCAAGCGAGCCGUACGACUUACCGACGGACACCGAAAUGCACGACGGAAAAGAAGAGGACCACGAAGGAGGGGCUCGAGACGAAGCACCGGAGCAAAACGAACAAGUUCAUCCCACAGAGCACUGCGAGGACGCCCCUGCCGCCGAGUUAGCAACUGACAGCGAGCCCCACGAGACGUGUUCUGAAGGAUCGGUACCGGCCGGAGUGGAUAAAUGUCCGGCUCCAUCAGUUGAGGAUUCGGGUGUCGUCAUCGAGGAACCCGUCCCAGUUCCUGGAGGCCCCGACCAUGCCGCUGGAGAUUUACUUCCUGCGGAUCGGGUGCCUGUUUUUGAGGCCGAAGAAUCAGGGCCUCUCGAAGAACACGUAUCCGUCGAAGAACCCGUAUCCGUCGAGGAACUGGGGACUACCGCGGAAACCGUACAAUCUAUUUCGGAACUUCCAUGUUCCUCGGAAGCUGUAGGAGAACCAACCAGAACGUCAGACGAGGAGCAUGACGAGACGUGCUCCCUGGCUACCAAGCCGUCCACAGACACAUUUAGCAGAUCAAGGAUGGACGUCGCCCAGACACCGCAAGGCAUCUCCCGUCUUUAUCGAGACAGCGCAGGCGGGCGGGCCAUUGAGCCCGAGACCCCUUCCAGAGCAGCCAAUUGCGCGGACAGCGAUGACGACUCGACCGCGCCGUCGACUCCGGCCUUGAGUUCGGGGUGCGAGUCAUCGCCCAGGAACAGCCUCAUAAUCACGCCCAAUAACCUUGCCACCCUCCCAGGCCUCAAACGGCCACUUCUUCGUGGGCUGGAAGAGGACUACUUGGGUCACCGGUCGGAAGCGGAGACCGAGACGGUCGAUGGCCUGCGAGAAGGUUGUGCUUCUGACAAAGGCUUGCUACCCGGAGGUGUGUUCCCGAGUUUGCAGGAGCGAGCAUUCGAGGAUGCUGGACGAGGGACAGCGCUAUUUCCUCCUCUUGACCUGCCAGCGGUGCCACAAAGUCCAGUGCCAGAGGCUCUGGCCACUAGUGACACCUUUGAGCUGGAUGGUAAGGAGACCGAAUUCUCGAUGGAGGCGGACGCGGGACAAGCAACGGAGAGCCCGCCAGGUGGUUCGCCCGUGCUCAUUUCCGAGCUCGCCGACUUCGACUGUGGUUCGUCGUUCCUCGAUAUAGAACCGGACAGCUCGAUGCCCCGGCCAAUGACGAAGUUCGGCCCCCUUUUGGUCUCGGAGGCUGAAUCGAAUCGAGCCCCGGGGCUCGAUGCACCGAGAUCUUCCGACUACAAGGCUACCGGUCCCGAGGUAUUGACACAGGUGGUUCGUGACAGCGAGGAGUUUCCAGCUCCAGAAGGAAUUACCGAACGCAAGGAGGAUGAAGCGGACACCGAACUACAGCUGGAGGAGCCUGGAGUGGCCACGACUGUUACUUCGGCCCUGGAAAUCUCAACAGGGGACUCCGAACCACUCUCAGAAUCGGAACCCAGUCCUGGAACCUCGAAGCAACUGCAAACUGAACACGUCCCCCAAACCCCGACAUCUUCCACAUGCACCCUUCCCUGGACAGUCCCCAUACCUCUCCCCAAAGCCUCCGCAACACCACCACCCCUCUCCCGCAACACCACCGCCAACAACCCGCAGCCGAACUCCCCCGACCAGCCCGCCGAGCCCAGCAGCCGCGAUUCCGUCGACGACAUCCCCCCACCGGAUCCCGAGAUGGUGAUGAUUUUUGCGGGGAUGGCGUUUGCUAGUAAGAUAUUGAAUCGGGCGGACUAAGUAGUUGGGCGCCGGUCGGUGUCUGGGGAGGUUGGGAUGGAGCGGAUGGGACGGACAUGCGGUCACUCGUUUCGUUUACUCAUUUGUUUCUUCGACUGCGAUAGAAGGUAGGCGGAAACGGCCUCCUUCUGAUACAGCCCCUGACGGGCUACCAUAUUUCGGGGCGGCGGCAUUACUUGGCGUUGGGCGGCGGUUAUGGAUAUGCAUGGAAUGGGAAUGAAUUUGCUUAGGGACGAGCGAGCAUCAGGGUAGAAUUUAAACGAGAGACUUCUGGGAGGUCUGUUA